CCAUGGCUCGGAUGACGUCACUCUCUCGCGCGCCUUCGCUCGACGUUAAGCGCCUCGCCGUCGUCAUUGCUGCACUGCUUUCGCUCUCCCUCUGCUGCGCAGCGGGCGGCGCCGUGCGGCGAGAGCUGCUGGAUGUGAGCGACGGCCUCAUGACCCAAACGGUCAGCACCACCACAGGCAACA